AUGGUCGGCCUGCAAAUCGAGUCCACGCUUGCGCUCAUCAAGCCCGACGCGUACCCGAAGCAGGAGGCGAUCCUGUCAGUCAUAAAGACCCACGGCUUCGUCAUCGCGGAGCGCGCCACGCAGACGCUGACGAAGCAGCGCGCGGCCGAGUUCUACCUGGAGCACAAGGACCGCCCGUUCUACGACGAGCUGACCACCUUCAUGUCGUCCGGCCCCUUGCUUGCUCUGGUGCUGCGCAAGGACGCGGCCAUCCCGGCCUGGCGCGCGCUCAUGGGCCCGACCGACUCGGCCAAGGCGCGUGUGGCCGAGCCCGACUCGCUGCGCGCACGCUUCGGCACCGACGGCUCGCGAAACGCCACCCACGGCUCCGAUAGCCCGCAGUCCGCCGCAAAGGAGAUCGCCUUCUUUUUCCCGGAGUACUCCUCCCCGGACCAGUACAAGGCCGCCGACGCCAAGGAGUACCUCACCAAGACCGUGUGCCCGCUCAUCACAAAGGCACUAACCGAGAUGUGCAGGCUCAACCCCCCCAACCCUGUCGAGUGGCUGGGGCACUCGUUGCUGCGCGACGCUGGAGUCCAGCUCGCCGCGCCGAAGAGCGUCCCCGCCAGCCCCGCUCAUCGCAUCUUCUUCGUCCUCGGAGGACCCGGGUCGGGUAAGGGCACGCAGUGCGCAAAACUUGUCGAGAAGUACGGCUUCGUUCAUUUUUCGGCCGGGGACUUGCUUCGUGCAGAGGUCAAGUCCGGCUCGGAACAGGGUGUCAUGAUCGAUGACAUGAUCAAGGAGGGCAAGAUCGUCCCGGGUGAGAUUACCAUUGCAUUGCUCAAGAGUGCCAUCGAGGGCACCACGGCGCCGGGCGUGCUUAUCGACGGCUUUCCGCGCAAGCUCGACCAAGCGGGCGCGUUUGAGAAGGAUGUCUCCGAUUUUGAAUUUGUCUUGUUCUUCGAUUGCCCAGAAGAGGAGAUGGAGCGCCGUCUUUUGGAACGCGGCAAGACUUCGGGCCGUACGGAUGAUAAUAUUGCAAGCAUCAAAAAGCGCUUCCGCACCUUUGUCGAAACCUCGAUGCCCGUCAUUCAGUACUACGAGGCCAAGGGCAAGGUCCAUCGCAUUGACGCCACCCAGUCCAUUGAAACCGUCACGGACAAGGUGAUCGGCCUUUUUUAAAAGUAUCCAUAUUCAUAUUGUAUGCAGCUUGCAACCACGUGAGUAGUCAGUAGGUGAAAUGAAGUUACCUCGCGGU